AUGUAUUUGGAAAGCCCAGAUACCAGAGAAAAGAAGCUAAAACAUAUAGCUGCCAAGAACCAGGUUCCUAAAGGGUGCUGCCCAGAUAAGUGGAUUGGUUUCCAACGCAAAUGCUAUUAUUUUUCUGAAAAAGAAGCAAAUUGGACAUCAAGUAGAGACAACUGUGCCACUGAAGAUGCUUUCUUAACGAAAAUUGACACACAACAAGAAAUGAACUUUCUUAGGCGCUACAAAGGCAAUUCUGAUCACUGGAUUGGACUGACAAUGAUUAACAAUCAAACAGGAAACUGGGUAGAUGGAACCAAGUUUAACAAUUGGUUUAAGGUGAGAGGGAGAGAAGAAUGUGCUUACCUCAAUGAUGAUGGUGCAGCAACAGCUAGGUGCUACCCAGAAAGAAAAUGGAUUUGCAGAAAAAACGAUACACUAGUUUAA